UAUCACAUGAGCAUGCAACCAGGUAACCCAUUAAGCCCCUCAGACCAUCACUUGUGUUUCAGUAGCUGUCUGCACUUCGACAAUGACACAUACACGUCUAUUGUGGAUCUUUACCCUAACUGCCUCCCUCAAUCUCUCAGUGAGUCAUGGUCCUCUUGAAGGAGUGAGGGACUAUGAGGUAGUCCGACCCAUCAGACUACAUACUCUGCGGAAAAGAGAAACCGAGUCAUCCAGGCCAGAAACGUUGAAGUAUGCAAUGAGAGUGGGUGGGAGAGACAUUGAGAUGCAUCUGGAGAAGAAUACGGAAUUACUCACGAAAGACUAUAGUGAGACUUACUACACUGAGGAUGGCACACCAGUCACCUCUACGCCUCAGGAUAUGGAUCACUGCUACUAUCACGGAAGUAUUGUGGAUGACAGUGAGUCUACGGUCAGCAUGAGCACCUGCGAUGGACUCAGUGGAUAUUUCAGAACGGCCGCCCAAAGGUACCUGAUUGAGCCCCUGUCAGGGGGGGAUGAUGGUGAUCACGCAGUGCUAAAAUACGAGGACCAGAGCUCUAAGCCUAUGCUGUGUGGAGUCACUAAUAUUACCUGGAACGAAGACUACCCUUCCAUUACUAGCAGGAGCCGUUCUCGAGCCUCAGGUCCAUCUAUACUUCAACAGCAAAAAUAUGUUGAGCUUGUCCUCGUUGCAGACAACCGUGAGUACAAGAAGAUGGAGAGUAAUCGGGGAGAGCUGCGUAAGAGGAUAUUUGAAGUGGUUAACUUUGUCAACAUGGUGUAUAAGCCCCUCAACACCUUUAUUGCCCUGGUUGGUCUGGAGGUGUGGUCAGACAGUGAUAAGAUAUCAGUGACCGCCCCUGCUGGCGCCACCCUGGACGCCUUUACCACGUGGAGGAACAACGACCUGGUCAAGACUAAGCCCCACGACAACGCACACCUCAUCAGUGGCAUUGACUUUGAGGGAUCGACGGUGGGUCUGGCCUUUAUCGGGACUCUAUGUUCAGGUCAUUCUGCUGGGGUGGUCCAGGAUCACAACCCCAGGGCCAUAGCUGUGGGGGCCACAUUGGCCCAUGAGAUGGGCCACAACCUGGGCAUGAACCACGAUGACUCCAGUGCCUGUGCUUGUUCUGGGAAUAGCUGUGUAAUGGCUGGGGCCCUCAGCUGGGAUAUCCCAAAGUCAUUCAGUAGCUGCAGUAGUUUGAGCUAUGACCAGUUCCUGAAUAAUCGUAACCCUGAGUGCCUACUGAACAAGCCAGACUACCGAAAUGUGGAAUCAACCCCAGUGUGUGGGAAUGGCUUUCUGGAGAGAGGAGAGGAGUGUGAUUGUGGCUCCAUGAAGGAGUGUACAAACCCUUGCUGUAAUGCCACCAGCUGCACACUGGCCAAAGGCUCAGAGUGUGCUGCAGGAGAGUGCUGUGAAGACUGUAAGAUCAUGGCCUCGUCCACAGAGUGCAGAAGGAAACAUGACGACUGUGACCUAGCGGAGUACUGCACAGGGAAUUCAGCCGUCUGUCCUGAGGAUGUCUUCUCUGUCAAUGGGAUCUCCUGUGACAGAGGGAGGGGCUACUGCCGCAACGGCCAGUGUCCACAGCAUCAUGACCAGUGUGUGAAAAUGUAUGGCCCAUCUGCUGAAAAGGCAACAACGUACUGCUAUAACCAGAACACCAGAGGACUGUACUAUGCCUACUGCAGACGGCCUUCACAGGACCAGUUCAUCCCCUGCCAGAGCCAAGAUGUGCAGUGCGGGAAACUCUUCUGCAAGAACGGUAAUGAUGACCCCAACUAUGGUCGCAUGGUGAAAUUCUCCGACUGCAAAGCCACAUUCUACGGUGAUCACACCAGUGACUUUGGACAGGUGAACACGGGGACCAAGUGUAAUGAUGGGAAGGUGUGCAGCGAGAACGAGUGUGUGGAUCUUGAGACAGCCUACGGACCCAAAGCCACCAACUGCUCAGCACGGUGCAAAGGACAUGCUGUGUGUAAUCACAGAAUGGAGUGCCAGUGUGAACCUGGAUGGUCACUUCCAGGCUGUGAUACAAAGGAUGGAAGCUUCACGGGCCUCUCCAGAGAAGGAGUGAUUGGCAUUGCGGUGACAGUCUCUCUGCUGCUUCUGGCUGCUAUUGCUGGGGCAGUGGCUGUGUUCCUAAAGAAGAGACGACAGUCCCCCACUCUGCCUAGCCACCAUACCCAGAAGAAAAUCCAUGACGUGGACAACCACAUCCAUAAACUGCCAGUUCCCAGCCAAAAUAAAGCUAUGCCACAGCAGCUUUACUAUUUCCAGCCUAAGCGACCAAAAGUAGCUCCGCCCCCACCCCCUCCAGCUGCUAACCAAUCACAAGUCCCGGUCUAUGACUUCAGGGCCGCACGACAGGCUCUGAGACCACCACCACCACGUGUCUGAUGUCAACAUCUAAAGGAGAAGAGUGGAAACAUGAGGAUCUCAACCCUUACCAAGACCUCAAAUGCAGGGCCACAACUGCUAGGCCAGCCAGUGCACAGUCAGUCCAGAGACCUCACUUCUUUGGGAUAAUUUUACAGAACCCUAGACUAGAGACAGGUUGGCUCUGCCACCACUUCUGAAAAAGCCUGGUCCCAGAUCUCUUUGUGCUCUGGCCAACUCCAUUGCUCAGUGUUUGGCAUGACAACGAGUGACAAGGAAUUGGCAUGAUGGCACAAACAGACUGGCACUCAGGCUACCUAUGAAGCCCAAGGAAUGUGUUUGUGCCAAUGAUGUGCAUGAUGGGUAAACUCAGUAUAGUCACAAAUAUGGAAAGGACUGAGGAGUCCUCUUUACAAGGAACGUCUUAAAAAAUGACACUUUUUAGUAUUCAUUUUAUACCUGUAAUUUAUUUGUCACUGCCAUGUCAGGGAGUGAGUGUUCAGUAUGUGAUAAUAUGCCAUUUAUUUUCGUACUAUUACAUUUAUCAAUGGUGACUGUAUAUUCCUGACUUUGGCUGAGUACUGAGUCUACAGUAAAUAUUUUUUAUUAAUUCAAAGAUUUACUGAGCACAGCCAUUGCUGACUAAAGUUCUGUAUAAAAAAAAAAAUACACAUGCUCAAUACUGAUAAAGUAACUAAAUUUUAGAUUUAGGAAUUCUAGUGAGCAAGAAUUUACAGAUUUUUUAAAUAUUUUUUUAUAGAACAUUCUUAAAUGCUGCACAACUAACUGCAACUCUGCAGCUACAGUCUGAGAAUACAACUGCAAAACUAUUCAGACCCCUUGGAUUUUGUCACAAAGUGGGAUUCAAAUUGAUUUGUCAUUUUGGCAAUCAACACAAAAUACACGGUCAAAGGCAAGUAUUUUUUAAGAUGAAUAAAAAUGUAACUAAAAUAGUCAUUGCACAAGUAUUCAGCUCCCUGAGUCACUACAUGGUAGAAACACCUUUGGCAUAGAUUACAGCUGUCAGUCUUCUUGGGGAAGUCUAAGAUAUUUACACACCUGGAUGACUAUGUAUCUGGGUGAUUUAAUACAUAAUCCACAGUAUUAUAUUAACCAUGUUUAAAAGAGAUAUUCAAUGUCUGGUAGAUGGGUAACUAACAAAUCAAUCACUGCCCUUCUUUAAAGCUUUCCAAAAGCUCCCUGGUCUCUGUAGUUGAAUCUGUGCUUGAAAUUCAAUACUUGACUGAGGGACCUGAAAAUGUAUGUAUGGGGGACUGAGGAAGGGUUAGUCAUUCCAAAAUCAUGUCAACCCCUAUUAUUUGUUAAGCCAAAAUGUACUCCUGAACUAAUUUAGGCUUGACUAAAAAAAGGGGCUGAAUACUUAUGCAACAAUAUAUUUAGUACUGAAUGUAUUAAAAGAAAAGAAAGUGAAAUCCAAGGGUUCUGAAUACUUUUGCAAGGCACUGUAUCUGUGUGUGAAUGUGUGAUUUGCUAUUACAGUAUACCAUUACUUGAACAGCCUUUUCUGUAAUCACAAUCUCUCUCUCGGAUUGUAAAAAGAUGCCACCUGAUUAACAUGUCAGGCAUAAAAUGUUUUUAUUUUUGA